CAGGUCAGCGCGCAGGCGCAGUGCGUCGCUCACCCGCCGCUUACUGCGGUAGAGUCCUCUCUUAGAGUUAACUCGUGAGGUAGAAGGAUGGUGCUGGACCUGGAUUUGUUUCGGGUGGAUAAAGGAGGGGACCCAGCCCUCAUUCGAGAGACACAGGAGAAGCGCUUCAAGGAUCCGGGGCUGGUGGACCAGCUGGUGAAAGCAGACAGUGAGUGGCGACGAUGCAGAUUUCGGGCAGACAACUUGAACAAACUAAAGAAUUUAUGCAGCAAAACUAUUGGUGAGAAAAUGAAGAAAAAAGAGCCAGUGGGAGAUGACGAGUCCGUCCCAGAGGAUGUGUUGAAUUUUGAUGACCUCACUGCAGACAAGUUAGCUGCCCUGAAAGUCUCACAAAUUAAAAAAGUCCGACUCCUCAUUGAUGAAGCCAUCCAGAAGUGUGAUGGGGAGCGGAUAAAGCUGGAAGCAGAGCGAUUUGAGAACCUCCGAGAGAUUGGAAACCUUCUGCACCCCUCUGUGCCCAUUAGUAACGAUGAGGAUGCAGACAACAAAGUAGAGCGUAUUUGGGGUGAUUGUACGGUCAGAAAGAAGUAUUCCCACGUGGACCUGGUGGUGAUGGUGGAUGGCUUUGAAGGCGAAAAGGGAGCCAUUGUGGCUGGUAGUCGGGGGUACUUCCUGAAGGGGGUCCUGGUGUUCCUGGAGCAGGCCCUUAUCCAGUACGCACUGCGCACCUUGGGAAGUCGGGGCUACACUCCAAUCUACACCCCCUUCUUCAUGAGGAAAGAGGUCAUGCAGGAAGUGGCCCAGCUCAGCCAGUUUGAUGAAGAACUUUAUAAGGUGAUCGGCAAAGGCAGCGAGAAGUCAGAUGACAGCUCCUAUGACGAGAAAUACCUGAUCGCCACCUCAGAGCAGCCCAUCGCCGCUCUGCACCGGGACGAGUGGCUGCGGCCGGAGGAUCUGCCCAUCAAGUAUGCAGGCCUCUCCACCUGCUUCCGGCAGGAAGUGGGCUCGCAUGGCCGGGACACCCGUGGCAUCUUUCGAGUGCAUCAGUUUGAGAAGAUUGAACAGUUUGUGUACUCAUCGCCCCAUGACAAUAAGUCCUGGGAGAUGUUUGACGAGAUGAUUGCCACUGCAGAAGAGUUCUAUCAGUCUCUGGGGAUCCCUUACCACAUUGUGAAUAUCGUCUCAGGCUCCUUGAAUCACGCUGCCAGCAAGAAGCUCGACCUGGAGGCCUGGUUCCCAGGCUCGGGUGCCUUCCGUGAGUUGGUUUCCUGUUCUAAUUGCACGGAUUACCAGGCUCGCCGGCUCCGAAUCCGAUAUGGGCAGACCAAGAAGAUGAUGGACAAGGUCGAAUUUGUCCAUAUGCUUAAUGCCACAAUGUGUGCUACCACCCGGACCAUCUGCGCCAUCCUGGAGAACUACCAGACAGAGAAGGGCAUCGUUGUGCCAGAGAAGCUGAGGGAGUUCAUGCCGCCAGGACUCCAAGAACUGAUCCCAUUCGUGAAGCCUGCACCUAUCGACCAGGAGCCGUCGAAGAAGCAGAAGAAGCAGCAUGAAGGCAGCAAAAAGAAAGCGAAAGAGGUCACCCUGGAGAACCAGCUGCAGAACAUGGAGGUCACCGAGGCCUGAGCACUGCCUCCUCCCGUUUGCCAGACUUACUGCCCGCUGGGAUCCCAGGCCUGCCCAGCGGAGAGGCCGAGUACCACUCCUACCUUGUCCCAUUUGACUGCACAGCAGCUGGGAGCCAUCUGCCGUGUCCCGAGCAGGUGUUCCUUCUCCUCGCAGGGGCCAAGGGUCUCUUCACUGGUGACUGUGAAGCCGCGCAAUAAAGCAUCCCUGGGGAGGGCACAGGGCGUCCCCAGUCUCCUCCCUAGGCUCGAACCUUG